AUGCACUCACUGUGUCUCCCCGAUUCGCGGAAGAGGAGUACAUCGAGCACUCUGCAGCCUGGGAUUGUCGCGCCAAAUUUCGCAGAGCUCAGAUGGAUACCUACUUGUGGAACGAGGAGAAGGGUCUCUACCUUUGACUAUAAUGUCAAGACCCAUCAACAGAUGCCAUACGAAAGUGCCACAACUCUAUGGCCACUGUGGGCACAUGCAGCUAGCCCUCUACAGGCCACUCUCGUAGUUGAGAAAGCUCUCCCAAAGUUUGAAGCCUACGGAGGUAUUGUCUCCUGCACGGAAAGUUCGCGCGGUAAGAUUAGCCUGGAGAGACCGAAUCGUCAAUGGGAUUAUCCAUUUGGGUGGGCGCCUCAUCAAAUUGUGGCAUGGAAUGGAUUGCUCAACUAUGGCUACCGGGAGGAUGCACAACGGUUAGCCCACAAAUGGCUGUUCAUGAUGACAAAAACAUUUAUCGAGUUCAACGGUGUCGUUGUUGAGAAGUACGAUGUGACCCGACCGACGGGACCACACAAGGUUGAUGCAGAAUAUGGCAAUCAAGGCGCCGACUUCCGAGGCGUUUUGCGCGAAGGAUUCGGAUCGGCAAAUUCUAGCUAUCUGUGCGGACUUGAGCUGAUGAAUACGUUUAUGAAACGUUGCCUUGGAGUUUGCGCACCGUUUGAACUAGUCGAGAAAAUAUCCAAGUGA